AUGUUCGCUAAGCAUAUCAUCAUCUUUUGCGCAGCCGUUGCAGCUGCCCAAGCCUCUUUAUUCUCUUCUCUCCUCGUCAGUAGUGAAGCCAGUACUUCCAAUAGGCCAGAAAAGGCAUUGGGCAUCUAUGUUUUCAUUUAUGGCAUUAAAGAUGGACUCGGUGACGCCAAUUCCAAAGUAGUUGAAGUAGGCGAUAUCUACGGAAAUAAAAAGGGAUCCUACACAAUUGGUGACACUGAUGGAGGAGCCCGACGAGUCAAUUAUAGUCAUGGAUUUCGAGUCACCGGCAAGACCAAUGAACCUGGAACCACCUCCAAUGCCCCAGCAGUUGACUUCAUUACUAGCCCCUAUGCUGGACCAAUUUCCGAAGUUGUCAACCACGUUGGCUCAGCUGCUCCUGUAAUAGCUAUAGCCCCAGAAAUCACUGCACUAAAAUCGCUAAGCUACCAUCCGAAAAUAUUUGUUGACUAUUAA